GGCCGCGUACAAGGCGUGCACGUUGCCGUCAUUCGCCGUCGCCGCCACCGCCGCCGUAAUCACCGUCGUCACCGGCUACUUACUCCGUCGUUUUCGUGUCUGCCGGUGCUGCUUCUGGUGAUCCGCUUCACCCGCGACACACACGGUCUCAUCCGUCCCACCGCGUCACGCGAUUUCUUAGAUCCCGCAACAGGUAUCCACCGCGCGCCAAACACCCAUUGUCGUCGUCUCGUCCCAUUCCGCCCGCACAUGGUACGCCGUUCAACCGUUCACCACCCGACGGGUCACGUGCACGCGCGCCGACGAUGACACGCUAAUGACUGGAUGUCACGCGAAUCGCUCAGCACGCCGUCGCGUUCAAACCAAAUGGAAGUGUACGUCUUGUUACAGGUUAAUAUUCAUUGUUUUAUUUAAACGAUAAGUAUCAUCAUCAAAUCGCUUAUUAUGAUGACAAAUAUCCGGAAGAGAAUACAAAAUAUUAACUUGUAUUUUAUCUGGGAUACCAAUUCAAUAUCAAAUUCGACAAACAACGGGACACCGGAAAAUGACGAGUACGAGGACGACGGAGAGGUCGCUCUGACAGCGCUGCCGCUGUUCUGCAUUGGAUCGUUUCUAAUCGUCGUCAUAUUCUUGUCGAUCGCCGGCAACGUGCUAGUGUGCAUGGCCAUCUACACCGACAGGGGUUUGCGAAGGAUUGGCAACCUGUUUCUGGCCUCGCUGGCGAUCGCCGACCUAUUUGUUGGGGCGUUGGUCAUGACGUUCGCGCUGGUAAACGACCUGCAGGGCUACUGGAUGUUCGGCGCCAAGUUCUGUGACAUAUGGACGGCCAUAGACGUGAUGUGCUCCACCGCGUCCAUACUCAACCUAUGCGCCAUAUCACUCGACAGAUACAUUCACAUCAAAGACCCACUGAGGUACACGACGUACUUGAACCGGAGGAACGCGCUGCUCGGCAUCGCUGGCGUCUGGGCGCUGGCCGCGUUCGUGUCCGUGGUGCCCAUCUGCAUACUGAGCAUCCACCGGCCGCCAAAGCCGGUGAUGUUCCACGCGGGCGACACCGAGUACAUGCGGUGCGCGCUGGACCUGACGCCCGAGUACGCCAUCAUAUCGUCGUGCAUCAGCUUCUACAUACCGUGCGUGGUGAUGAUCGGCAUCUACUGCCGGCUGUACCGGUACGCGCAGAAGCACGUGCAGAGCAUCCGGGCGGUGACGCGGCCGCUGACCACGACGACGACCACGACCACCGGGACGGCCGCGGCGUCGUCGGCCACGCUCACGGCCGUGCACCACCACACGUCGCCGUACCACGUGAGCGACCACAAGGCGGCCAUCACGGUGGGCGUGAUCAUGGGCACGUUCCUGCUGUGCUGGGUGCCGUUCUUCUGCGUCAACAUCAUCGCGGCGUUCUGCAAGACGUGCAUACCCGAAGCCGCGUUCAAGGUGCUCACGUGGCUCGGCUACUCCAACUCGGCGUUCAACCCGAUCAUCUACUCGAUAUUCAACACCGAGUUCCGGGACGCGUUCCGCCGCAUACUCACCACCCACUACCCGGACUGGUGUUUCUGCAAGGGUUACCGGACAGUGGUGCUCAGCUCGGACGCGUCGUUCCGGCACAACCAGCGGCGGAAGCCGACCGGCGGCGGCUGCGAUUUCGUGUCGUCCGCCUCGGCCACGGCCGUCGUCGCCGCGUCCACCGUCGUCAAGCACAACGGCAAGGCCGCGGCCGCCGCGGCGGCGUCCGCGCAGCAAUCGGUGUGCGGGGGCGCGGGCGUGCCGCCGAUCGCGAGUCCGAGGUCGUCGGUGGCGUCGCUCCGCCAGUCGCGGCUCAACUCGUCCGAGAAGGUCAUCAUCGAAGCCGACGAGGAGAUCUGACCGCCCCGCGGUGGCCGGCUACCGCGCGACGACGUCAUGCCUCGUUUCACCGUCGAGUAUCUCGUCUGAACGACAACUACGCUUGUAGAAACGCACACGUGCAGUUAUACAAUAUUAUUCGGUUACAAUAAUAUUAUAUACUAUUACGAUGUAAUAAUGUGUAAAUUGUUAUUCGUCCAUAAAUCAUUAUAUUAUAUGCAAAUAAUGUAUUAUCACAAUCCCUCAUCCCGCGGCGGUCCGGUCGCGGUCUAUACCCGGUAACCGAACAGCAACCGUAAUUUUAAUUUACCCUUAAAGCACAUUAAACGUCAUGCGCCAAACAGUGAAACAGCAUACGACGCCGACCAUGUCAGGUUGUUCCGAUAGUCGACGGCAGACGUUGUAGGGAAAACGUUCCGGUAAAACCGGAACCCGCGAUAUUAUGUUGUGGGUGGCAUAAUCUAUAGGCGUUUGUCAAAGGUUUUCACCGAUUCGAUUGGUUUUUUUUUCUUAACUGGUUACGACCGGUGUACCGCGAUGCAUAAGACAUCUAGACCAAAUUUUCAAAGUUUUUCCUAGAACCGUACCGGAACGAAAAAAAUAUACCAAAAAACCUGAUCCUCUUCUCGCUGCAUGCAUUUAUCCUGUCGGCGAGUCUAUCGCCACUUGGCCCUAUAUGGAUGCCAGAUCGUACCACAUGUCACAAUAUAGUUUAUAUAUUAAAGUGGCCUUUAUCGGUUUCCGUCGCACAUUGAAAUUGCAGCCCGUCCGAUUUGGUAUACUCGUGUAGGUAUUGCAACAACUAAAAUAACACACCUACACCAAUGCAGUGGCGAUAAAACAGUGGGUUGUUUUUUUUUUUUUUUUAGUUUUAUCCCAUGAGGGGGAUAGAUCUCUGCCCAAUGACAUUUUUUCAAUAUUUAAGAUGUUAUAUCUAUGUAAGCCAAUCAGUUAUAUUUUUAACUAUCAAUAAUAUGGGAAGACAGGUAUCUAGUGCGUGGAAAAAAAUCAGCCACAUCUCCCCCCCCCCCCCCCCGUAAAUUUCUGCAAAAAUCACCCCUCGACGAAUGAUUAAUAAAAUCUGUUAUUAUACAUUUAUUUUGUACGUUUUGUUUCCUACUGCAGGUAGAAAACGAAAUUCACUGUUUAAAUGUACCUAUCACAAAUUGUUUAUGACUGGAGUUUACACUUUUCGUACAGACUUUCAAACUAAGGGUUUUAAAUAGAUAUUAUUAUAAUAUGAGGGACCGGAUGUUGAUCAUUCUUUGGUUUUAUUUUAUUUAAACUUCUUAUAGAAAUCACGAGUUAAAAAAACGCUAGAAAUAUAAUAUCUCGUGAAACUAAAUAAAUGAAUAUGAUACAUAUUAAGUGUACAAUAAUCUCUUAUUCUCAUAAUAAUAUUAUACUUACUACCAUUCAAAACAACACGAAUUGUCACCUCUAUUGGAUUUCAUCAAUAAUUUCAAUUUAAAUUAGUUCAAUUAAAACAAUUUUAAAAAUGUUAUGUAUUAUUUUGAUAAUUCUUAAAUUUUUCAAAAGGAUUUUCAGGACAUCGACAUCCGGGCCCUAAUUAUUAUUGUUGUUAAAAUAAUAAUAAUAAUAAUAAUAAUAAUAAUAUAAUCAAGAAUACCGUUUGGUCUGUGUAACUAGAGUCCAGACACCAGUAUACAUGUCUUAACAUCGUGUUACUGUUAGGUCAGAUACAUCCAAACGCGGAAUAUUAUUUUUACACCCAAUCGACUGGUACGGUUCCUCCAUAAAAUAAACAUUUUAUCCAACAAUAUUUUUUUUUUUUUUUGAUCUUCGGCUACAUGGACCCAUUGGGUGCGUGGGGGGGGGGGCUUAUGGUUGGAACUCGAGUUUUUUGUGUGGGGCAAGAAAUGGUCGCCUAGAACCCGGGUGGUCACCCAUCCGGGAGCUAGCGACGCCAACGCACAUCGUAGUGACUAAGCCCAACCACCAGGGCCCCUUAUAAUAAUAGUACAAUAUUGUUACAGUGGCUUCUGCCGUUGUCGACUGGCCAUCCACAUUUGCUAUAACUACAAUCAGGCCCACACAUCGAAUUUUGGGUACCUGUACUUAAUGUUUUCGCGGGCCCUAAUCAAAACUUCCAAUAACGUACAGCCCAUUAUACAAGCCAUACAAGUGUACCUUACACGUUUUCUAGGUAUAAUCAACGGUUGUCCCACAGCUUAAAAUAACAAUAUUACCUAAUAUAAUAUUAUAAUAUAAAUUUAUGUCAUAAAAUAAUAUUUAAUAUUAUAAAAUAAGUAUUCCCAUCAAAAAUUCAAAAAUUACAAAUUCAUUUCAACGGGUCCCUAAAAAAGGCCGGGCCCCUAGCUGUAGGUACUCCAGGUCCAACAGCCCACCCCCUCCCCCCUUGUGGUGGCCCAGCCUACAACUGACAUAAUAUUAAUAAUAUAUAUAUAAUAUAAUAUUUACAUAAUAAUAAUAUUAUCUUAACGUUUAAAUAAUAUUUCACUAGGCACACGAAUUUAUAAUAAUUAUCUACAGAUUAAAAUAGUAUGCUAUUAAACAAUUUCACUGUAUAUUAACACGCCAUUUCGGUCAUGACGAUUGUAUUCCGACGUUCUAAGAUCCGUAUCCACCGGGUACGUCAUGUUUGAAUGACCCGUACAUUUAAGGUAUGAAUAAUAUAAAUCUGUACUCUUUUUUUUUUUUAUUAUUAUUAUUAUUUAUUAUUAAUGUAUUGUAAAAGUAUAUAUAUACUAUGUGCCAAAUUUUUUCUCGCAUUUUACGUUGUUAACAAAAUAUUUUGUAUCAUACGUAACUAUAUUGUGUUUCUGCAUUCUGCAAUGAGUAGUUCCUAUAUUUUAGUCGAGAUGCUCGUGCAUAUAAGAUACGUCUUUACGUUUGCGUCUUUGGUCUUAGUCCAUUAUAUUAAAUAUAAUAUAACAGUAUUACCUAUAUAUUAUGGCUAUAAUAAUAUGUCACUUGAGAGAGCGACGACAUGUUUCUCUUAUAAUAUUGUCCUAUUCAUUAAACGUUUUUAGAAAUCAAAGUUUAGGUAUAAGCAACCGUUUGUGCGUGCAUAAUGAAAAAAAUAGGUCUUUAUUCAUAUUUUGAUAUGUAGUGCAAGCGAUCUGUCUUAUCGUGUCAUGUAAAACACUGCUCAAUUAUAGGUACGUUAUCUAAAAUCCCACCAAUAAAAUUAAAUUGAAAAGCGGAACUAAACAAAACUAAAUCAAAAAUCUGUGAUCUCUGUUUUCGUUUCGAAAAAAAUUAUAAUAAUAAUAAUAAAGAAUUCUGUCUUGGACAUGUUAUUAUAAUACAACAAUGAUAAUAUUAUAUACCUAUGCAUUGAACGGACGAUUUUGCACUUCACCAAACGACUUACGAUUGGCCGUUGGGCUUACGCGCGUACCUAUAAGAUAUGAUAUAAAACUAUAAAGGUAUAGACUAUAUUAUUAUUAGGUUUAUAAUAUUUAUUCCUGUUAAAAAAAAUUUAACGGCCCGAAAUUAGAGUUAAACAAGACAUUUAAAAUCAAAAGAUAAAACAUAAGCCACCCAUAGGCAUUUAGGGGGGAGCUAUAGGGGCUAAGCCCCUCCAAAUCCCAAACGCUAUUUGCGCCUAUGAAGCCACCCGAACGGACACUUUUAGCACCUGCAUGACGCGACGAACGAACGUUUACACUCCGGCAAACCGCCUUAUACCUAUACUUUGUAAGGUGUAGACACUGCGAAACGAGGAGAAUUUCUUAAAAUAAUAAUAAUAGUUUAAUGCCUGUAAGCACCUAGUAUCAAACGUUCGUGCAAUGAUAUCAUGUACGAAUAUGUGUGUAAAAUAUGAAAUUAAAUUAAAUUAGACAAGCAAAGUGCUAUAUUAUUAUAACGUAAUAUAAUGACGUUAUUACAUUAUUAUGACGUCGAGUGCCUCUGUCCGUCUUAACCACUGGCUGAUUGCUAUAAAAAUAUUUUGUAUUUGCAUAAAUAUGAAAUGCGUAUUGCUUUCGAACAAAUUUAGUUUUUAUACUCAGUUAUAACACACGUACCUCUUCCUACACGUUCUGCAGAAGGAACCUUGAAAAUAUGUCGUCCGGAUGAAAUAUUGACCCGCAAAGAUGAACGACUGUUGGCGUACGACAAUAUAAUAUAUAGAUAGGUACCUAUCGCAUAAAAUACGCGUUAAUGCCUAUAUAAGGUUAUAUAUACGAUAUACCAGCUCCUUGGUUUUAAACAGUAAUAGUAUAUUUUUCAGUCGACUCUCGGUAAGAGAGGGCAUGGCUCGAAGGGGUCACGGGGGAAAAAAGUUCGACUAACUAAAAAUGUCGAGUAAUCUAAUGUUAAUGUGUUAUUGUUAUUUGAAGGGGAAUUUUAUUUGUUCGAGAUAUUAUCGAGGAUUUCGUUGUAUUAAUAUCCAUAAUAAUAGUAUAUUAUAGACGAGCAAACGUGUUUAAAAAUCAGUUUUUUUUGUAGGGCACUAAGAUGUUUUCAAAAAAAUCAAUCUUGUCAUAUUCCAUAGGUACCACGUUCUAGUAUGAACGUCAAGCACCCGAUUUUUAAAGGAUUUGAUUUAGGUGAUUUUAAUUUAAACGAUAUUUUAAAAGUAACUCUCAUGCAAAAAUUGUUUCAUUUCGGUACCAUUGUUGGUUGUUUCGUAAUAAUUACGAAAUCGUGUUCAAAUCAUUGUGUUCGGUUUAACGUGGGGAAGAACCGAAAAUGCUGUUAUAGUAAAACUUUUUACUUGAGUAGUUGGGUAUAAGAAAACUAAUUUACUCUAUUAAAAGAAGGUAAUACUUGUGUCUGUGCAAUGUCUAUCGUUUUCCUUUUUUUUGAUAUUAGUUUUAUGACGUAUUUUACGGAUUAAAGUAUUGUCUUCUCUUAGUCGUUGAAAAUAUUGUUUAUUUUGCACCUAAUAUUAUAACCCACGGGAAAAACGUUUUAACAGUCAAAUUUAGGACCUAAAGCAACUUAUAAACGGGUGUACCUCUACUGACUUAUUUGUUGAAAAUUGAAAUUUCCAAAUAUAUACGCAUUAGCAUCAUUUUUAGUUUAGCCUCACAUUGUUGUCGAAUUGUUUAUAAAACAAUAUUAAGUUUUUUACUUUGUUUAUAAAUCCCAUCCAAUGUGAUAAUAUGUAGGUUAGGUUACAACAAAAUAUAUUGUAUGAUUCUUGUGUUAUUAAAUUAUUAUUUAAUUGUAUUGAUAAAUUAGUAUUUUUUAUGUAUACCUACCUACUUACCUAUUUUUUCUUAUCAGCAUUUAUUAUUGUUGUUGUUGUUAUUGUUGUUGUUUUAAACGCCAUCGUAAAAAUGUUCUCAUUUGUACUAUUAUAUGAUUUAAUGUUGUAAUAUUAAUCUACUUAUACGUUUAUGUUACGUUAAUAUAAUAAAUCUCGUAUAAAGCAAUUAAAUUUACAUUUUUUUUUCAUUAUUUGUUGUUUAUUUUUUUUCCGUGGAAGAUCGAGUGAUAAGAGAGACUUUUAAUUUAUUUUUUAUUAACAUGUUCUACAAAGAUAACAUUUAAAUCUGAAAAAAUAAAAAAGUCAAUAUGUUACAAAUUAAUCAAGCACAAACUACACAUACAAUGCACAUUUUCUGAUUCAUCAUCCAAAUAUAUUUUUCAUUUUACUCAAAAUAUUUAUGUGUUAAAAGUUGCUUAUUAUUAACGUUUGAAUAUAUUGUAUCCUUAAGUUAUUCCCUAAAGUGAUUUAUUUGUAUCUAUAUAAUAAUAUAUUCAAAAAAAAAAAUUAAUUAAUACAUUUAUCGAAAAAAAAGUUCAUCCAUCACAUUUAUGAUGAUAAGAAUAAAUUUGAUGAGAACGAAAAUACAUUUUUGUUUGUUUAAUAAUAUACCUACAAUAUUAUCAAUAUAUUAUCAUAAUAUUAUAGUCAAUAUCUUCAUUGUUACCAUUAAAUUAGUAAUAAGACAACAUAAAAUGUAGAUGU